AUGAACGCAUCAGCUGAUUUGCACGAGGAUAACGGCAUCUGCGGAAGCGAUUCGGACUCCACUGCCGACGAUUCAAGCGACUACUACCAGCCUAUUUCCUCCGUCGAUAACGGCGGCGAAGACUCAGACGACAGCGGCGGCGAAGGAGAUCUAUUCUAUCGAGAUCCGAAUUCUACUUUCCAUCAACUACCAAAUGGCUGGGUGGAGAACGGAGUAUCAUCGCUUGAUAUAAGCGAUGACGAUGCCGAUGAAGAUGCAGAGAAGGAAGUCGAGGAGGCGACCGAAUCUGAGAGAGCGAUUGAGCGAGCUUUCAGAGAGGACGAGGUGCGGCGGAACGCUCCUCUGACGGCGGAGAACACCGGCAGGGUGAUGGAUGCGAUGCGUCAGAUCUCCUUCGGCGGCGGCGCUCCGGACUGGGCGGGUCAGAUCCCUGAGGAUCAGUGGAUUAACCGGCUCCGGAGGUUGGGGCCGCCGUCCUCCGCCGCCUCUGCACCGAUUGAUCACUGA